AAGGAGCUCGUAGGCGCCGUUUUUAAAGUCCUCGUCGGGAACAAAGCGGAAGCGGGCGGCCACGAAAACAAAGCAAUAAAUAAGCCAUGGCGCACGCAUUAUUCGAUGGCUAUCCGUCAUCGACGUCGUCGUCGUCGUCGGCUCCUUGCGCGUCCCUCUGGGCUAUUAAGGAGGGAGAAAGACAGAGAAGGCACUGCGCCCCCCGAGGUGCGCUUCCCGUUUACUCGAACCGGCGGUACGUUCGCGACCGCGAGGAGGAUAAUUCCGCGAGUCAGAUCUGGCGCGCGUACGACGAGUACGAGGGGGAGGAGCUGCCGUCGCCUCAGCCAACUUCGGAAUUAACCGAGCCCAUAAUCACCAGCUCCCGGCUGCAAAUGAUGCCCCCUGUGCGCGAUUGUACCCGGUCGCGCGCUCCCUCUGUCUCUCUCGUGGCGGGCCGCCGCCGCCACCGCCUCCCUCCCGCGCCACAUUCACCUCGGCCUCUUCAGCAGUCGAGCUCGAGAGUCUGUAAAAUGGCUGACCACCGUGGUGAACGAGACUCUCCGUACUACGGGCCCGGCUCGGACCCGCGCUCAAAAAACGACGACCCGCCCAAUUCUCGCCUCUUCGUCAUCUGCCACAAGAGCCUCGAGGAGGAGGAGCUCAGGAAGGCCUUCGAGAAGUUUGGCAAGAUCGAGGACAUCUGGGUGGUGAAGGACCGAAGCACUGGCGAGAAUAAAGGUGUCACCUACAUCAAGUACUCGAAAACAUCGGAGGCCGCUUAUGCCCUCGAGGAGAUGAAUUGUAAGAUGCUCGGCUCCGUCGGCAGGCCGAUCAAAGUUAUGAUUGCCUCCAACCGAGAUCAAGGAUCGGUUAGAGAGACGAACGAAGAGGAACGCUGGGUUAGACUGUUCUGUGUCCUACCAAAGUCCAUGACGGAUAGCGAACUCCAGCAAGAAUUUUCAAAGUUUGGGGCUAUCGAGUAUGUGACGGUAGUCAAAGACAGAACCACCAAUGAAUCAAAAGGUUUUGGUUAUGUUAAAUUUAAGAAAGUAUCUAGUGCUGCGAUAGCGUUCGAAGAAUGUGACAGAAAGUAUAAAGCUGUAUUUGCCGAGCCAAAAAAACCCAAGCCCGAUCUCGAUCAAAAAGUCAGCAACGGAAUGUCCAUGGGCUGCGACAAUUCAAACAAUUCAAAUUAUAAUAAUAACUACAGUAAAAGUAGUAUUGGAUUGGAAAUAGCGACAAAUUAUUCAAAUUCAGAGGGCUACACUAAGCUCCAAGUGAUUGCCCAUCCAGCCUUGAAUCAAGAUCAAUUGUGGAAAUUGUUCGAUAUCGUGCCUGGUAUGGAUUACUGUCAUCUCAAAACGGACGCUAGAUAUAGAAUGCGACGAGGACAAGCUACCGUGGUUUACACAAAUCCCAGUGCUGCUGCGUACGCGAGAGAAAAGUUCCACGGCUUUGAAUAUCCCCUCGGCCACAGAAUGAUUGUGAAGCCAGAUCUAUCUGGACCCCUGCCUCAAAAAGCAGGUUUGAAGCAAGGCAUACCCAGCAACAUAGCAACUCCGGGUGGUGUUGUCGCAGCAAGAACCGAUUUGGCUCAUCUAGCCGAAACUAUCGCUCAAGCGACUUCGCUCAUCCAAGCAGCUGGUUUAACGGCGCCUACACUGGACCACUCGAUCGGUAAGCUACCACCGCUGCAACCAAUGGCCAGUAUCGAUGCCGAUGUGGCCAAGCGAUGCUUCAUUGUCUGCGGUCCUCCAGUGCCUUCUAUAUAUGCCAUGAAGGAUGCAUUUUGUAGGUUUGGGAACCUCAUUGACGUUUAUAUGCUACCUGGCAAGAAUUGUGGAUACGCCAAGUACGCUUCUGUCGAUAGUGCCAAUAAAGCCAUCGAGGCUCUACACGGACAAGAAAUCUGCGGGUCCCGUUUAAAAGUUUUAGAAGCUGAGGAGCGUAACGUUGGCGACGACCGAAGGAAGCGUCUAAAAAUGGACGAGGAUGAGCAUUAAAAGCCUAAGCGAAUUACCGACUGGUAACACACAAUGCAGGACGCACGUCACGAAUUGAGACGAUUUUAAAGACUCACUUGACAACAUCGGGCCUGCAACAGAAGGAAACUACUACGACCAUCCCUAUUUUUAACUGUUUACGUUCGUCACAUCUCAACAUUAACUGAAAAAAAAAAAAAAAAAAAAAAAAAAAAAAAAUUUUACUUUUCUUUAUUAUUGCUUAUCAUCACACUUGACACCGGACAUCACGGUAAUACGUAUUAUUUUAAGCGUGCCUGUGCUUUAAAGCUUCGCGCAAUCGUGAUAAUUGCGACGCAAAAAUUGGCAAAAACUGAAAUUACAUACGAAGUAUGUAGAAAGGCGUUUUUAAA